AUGAUUGAAUCAAUUAAAACCAAUUUUGAUCAAUUUAUUUCUCAACAACAAACUUCUGAUAACCAAGAAUUAUUAAAUUCUUCUGUUUUAAUUAUUGCUGUGCUCGGAAAGGAAGUUGCUGAUAACACAAAAGCUGAUUUAUUAAAUGAUUUUUUGGGUGAGAGAGCAUUUUUUGAAGAUGAGAUGAACAAAAAUAAUUUUUUAAAUUGUGUUAACAAUCCUGAAAAUGCUCGGCUGGAAAGUUCUCCUUUGAUAGAUAUACAUUUUGAUAAAGAAGAAUCAAUUAUUUGGCUUAUCAUAAAUGGAUUUAAUGAUAUUGAAUUCCAACAUUUAUUGUUUAAUAAUAUAAAUGAGAAUUUUAAAAAUAAGUCAUUUUUCGAAAAAAUGUCUUUCGUCGAUCGAGAACAAUUAUUUGCACUUGCUCAAAUUUUCCCUCUUUGUCAUGCUCUUUUAUUUAUUGAACAAGGAUGUCGGUUUGAUUUGGAGUGGAUUUGUUUAUUGAAACGAUUAAAUAAGUUGAGGUCAUCCAUUUCCCGACGUAUUCGUUCUUCCCUUUCUUCAAUCCCAGAAACUGUACUGUCAACAAACUUUCCCUCUUCAUUUGUUAAUACUUGCAGAAUUGGAGCCUCUCCUCGUUUACUUUUUUGUUUUCACCGAAAUCCAUUACGUACUGAUUUAAAUGCCACAAAAAAGAAGGAACUUCUCGAAAAAAUGGAAAAAUGUCUGGAAACACAAAUUGCAAAUUUAUUGAAACAACACGGACUUGUGGACAUUAAACACCCAAAUACUUCCUUUGCCCAAAUAACUAUUUCUUCUGGCACUCCUUUUGUUUAUUGUUUCAAUCAGUUAGAAAUACCUGUUGAUGUUAACAAUGAACUGGCUGAAGCUUUAUUUGGGUCUUUGGGGUUGGCAGGGAGAGAAGAUGAAGUUUGCAGUAAUAAAAGUGGUAAUUUAGGAAAUGGAAAUUGUAUUAAUUCAGAAGAAAUUCUUCGUUUAAUUAAUCAAAUUACUGAACCGUCAAAAAUGGAUAGGAAAGAACUCGAAAACUCUUCCGACUACAAUUUUCCAUUUUUUCUUCACAAAGCUAUAAAUAAAUUACGCAAAGAUUUAACUUCAAAUAAACUACAAAAUACACCUUUACCUACACUUGGUCAAUUUAUCGAGGCAGCAAAACUCUUGAGACGUUGUAUUUAUGAUGAAAAAAAUGGAGAAAGUUUUGAUUUAAAGGUUACUAUUUCACCAGAAAUUGAAUCAAUUAAUAGUCUUGUGGAAUCUGCAAUUAGCUCAUCUCGUGUCAUUUACAACAAUCAACUUUCACUUCAGCCAAAAAUGACUGGUGGUGGGGAUCCUGUCUUUUCCAAAAUUGAACAUGAAUAUUCAUUAAAAAUGGCUGUUGAUCAUCUUCGCCACUCUUUUCCCCGAUCGGCAGGUCAUCAUCAUAUUGAUAAAUUGAUAUCUCAAUUAGAACUUGAAUGUGAAAAUACUUGGAAAGAUGGGCAUCAACGAUGUGAGAAACGUUCUUUAACAGGACAAUUUUGUGCUUAUAAAGAAGCAAAUUUUACUUUUUACAACGAAACGGGGGAUGAUAAUUUUAAUUUUGGCUCUUGCUGUGCAAAUUUAGAUAAAUAUAAAUUUAAAUUGUUUGAUGUAUCCACUGCACAAUUGGAAUCAAAAAAUGUUGAUAAACUUGAGGAAUUUGUGGAGAAUGUUAAAUUAAAUGAAUCAAUUAAACAAAAAUCUUAUUCGGAUGUAAUUUCAAUGCAAGAAAAUGUAAAGAGAACUAUAACAAAUCCUCAAUCACAAUCCAAUAAUAAUGAGGAAGUCGACAUCACAAACGAAAUAGGUGGAGGUUUGGCAAUAGAUCCAAGUGAUUUUAAUGUUCGUUUCUUUGAUGAGGGAGAUGAUGAAGAAAGUGGAGAAGAAAUUGGAGAAAAAAUAAAUAAAAUUAAAUUAUCACAAGAAGAAGAGAAAGAAAAGUCAAAAUUAAAUCCUAGUCAAACUUUAUUGUUGGGGGAAAACGAAUAUGAUGAGGAUGAAGAUGAACCUAUUAGAAAAAAGAAUGUAAUAACAUCCGAUGAAGAAGUUAGUGAAGAGGAGGAGGAAGAUUUUGAUGAGGAGGAGGAGGAAGAAAGAGAAAUGAAUGUUGAAAUUGAGGAGCAAGAACAGACAUCAUUUCAUUCAAAUGCCCGUUCAUCAACUAUGGGUAUUCCUAAUGAUAAUGAAGAUGUAGAAUCAUCACCUGAACCUCCAGAAUUACAUUAUUUAGACGAAUAUGACUCUCAUCUGACUAGAACUGGAACUGAACAACAAAAUAUAAAUAUUGACAACAAAAGAGAUGUCCCUCCAAAAGAGACUCAAUCAAAACUUGAAAAAAUGGACGAUUCAAAACUGGAAGAAAAUUUUAAAGGCCAAUAUCUCGAUCACGUACCUCAUACCAAUUCACCACCUUCUCUACUUCCACUCUUCCCUUCAUUCUCUGUUGUCUGCAUUGGUCACUCAUCUUUAUAUAAUCAUUCAACUGGUAUUCGUGGUCAUGAUAGGACAGCACGUUUUAGAAGUGGCUCAGAAUAUUUACUUCCAUGGAGUGUAAGACUCUCGGUUAAUACUGAAAGAUGGGUUCGUGAAAUGCAAUUAAUUGGUGCUAAUCCAACAGAUCAAUGUUUGAGAAAUUUACAAAAUGGAAUUGCACAUGGUAGAACAGAAAGUAAUGAAAAGGUUAAGCUUUUUGUCGGUUUCGAUUACGAAUGUCCUCGUGGCCAUCGUUUUACUUGUGGUGAACCAUUCAAACCUCUCAAACAUCGAAAAGAUUAUGGGCCUUUAAACCAAGAUGCUGGCCCUCUAUUGGAUGCUGAUCUCCCUUUAUGGCUGACUUGUCCUUGCAGAAAGCCGAGAAUUAUGGCACAAUUAAUGAGAAUACAUGUAGUAACACCAAAAGCGCCUGUUUCUAUGCCCGAUGACGAUGGUUAUUUCUUUCCUGGUGCUAUGGAGGGGAUAGAGCUUGGUUGGGCAAAAUACUAUGUCUGCAGACUUCCCUACAUCUAUGUUGGGCCUAACGGAAGGAAGUCUUCAUAUAGACCAAAUAGCCCUUUAUUUAAAGGGCGUUUUUUGCGUCAAUGUAUUUCUUGCACUCCACUUGUUUGUCGACUUCUCGAUAAAUCUGUUGAUAUGAUGAAAACAAAAAAUGGGCCUAAAGUUGUUUAUGGAACUGCUAGUGUUUUGGUGUUUACUGCUGUUUUGUGUUGUGCUAAGGUUUUUCUUGUUUAA